AAGCUCUCGGGAAGCUGCGAGACGCGGGCAUCGUCCAGGGCUGGCGCGACGAGCUGUACCCGCUGGCUCCUUCAUUCGACGCGCCGCCGCUGCUGCUGAUCGAGCGGGCGGCGGCGCCCUACUUUGGGAUGCGGGCAUACGGCGUGCACGUCAACG